GCAGGAGGCAUUGAGGCUGCUGCAGUUCCUAGCAUUGCAGAAACAUGACCUUCAGCAAUUUGUCUCCUAAAGGACCCAGAACAGAGCUAAGUGACGUUUCCCCUGGAUCUGACGAAAACCCGGCUGCAGGUGCAGGGUGAAGGAGGCGCAGGUGGGCAGGCGGCCCCUCCCCGCGGCAUGCUGCGCACCGCGGUGGGCAUCGUGCAGGAGGAGGGCUUAUGGAGCCUCUGGCAAGGAGCCACACCGGCUGUCUACCGCCACAUAGUGUACUCUGGUGUUCGGAUGGUUGCGUAUGAACAUCUCCGUGACUCAGUGCUUGGCAGGGCUGAGGAUGAAAGCUUUCCUCUCUGGAAAGCUGUAGUUGGAGGCAUGUCCGCGGGCGCCAUUGGUCAGUUUUUUGCCAGCCCAACUGAUCUAGUGAAGGUACAGAUGCAGAUGGAAGGAAAAAGGAAGUUGGAAGGAAAACCAUUACGGUUUCGAGGAGUGCACCAUGCAUUUAUGAAGAUCCUGUCCGAAGGAGGAAUACGAGGGCUUUGGGCUGGAUGGGUGCCAAAUGUCCAGAGAGCUGCUCUAGUGAACAUGGGAGAUCUCACCACUUACGACUCAGUGAAACAUUUUCUGCUUCUGAACACACCACUUGUGGACAAUAGUGUGACUCACAGUGUUGCCAGUUGCUGUUCUGGCCUGGUAGCUGCUGUCCUGGGAACUCCUGCUGACGUGGUCAAAACCCGGAUAAUGAACCAACCGAGAGAUCAACAGGGAAGAGGUCUGCUGUACAAGUCUUCCAUGGACUGCUUGAUUCAAACUGUACAGGGUGAAGGGUUUAUGUCUCUAUACAAAGGCUUUAUACCAACCUGGAUGCGAAUGGCUCCUUGGUCACUGGUAUUCUGGCUCUCAUAUGAACAAAUCAGAAGGAUCUGUGGAGUCAGUUCUUUUUAAAACUGUGAAACCACUUCAAUAUUCAUCAAUAAAGGCAGAAUUGGAAAGAUGAAUUCUCAUUCCACAAGGCAUCCUGACCCCACAGGGAACCAGUUCAUUUAGGAGAUUGGCAGUAGGAUCACGUAUAUAGGUUGCUGCUUCAAAUCCAGUCCUUGCUGGUUAGAAGCAGCCAUUAUUUAAGGAUACUAAACUAAACAUAAGCAUCAAUGCGUCCUCAUGGCCAAGAAGGCCAAUGGCAUCCUGGGAUGCAUCAAGAAGAGUGUGGCCAGCAGGUCGAGGGAGGUUCUCCUCCCCCUCUCCUCUGCCCUGAUGAGGCCUCAUCUGUAGCUCUGUGUCCAGUUCUGGGCUCCCCAGCUCAAGAGGGACAGAGAACUUCUGGAGAGAGUCCUGCACAGGGCCACCAAGAUGAUCAGGGGACUGGAGCUGUCCCCUGAGAUGAGGAAAGGCUGCGGGAACUGAGGCUGUUUAGUCUGGAGAAGAUGAGACUGGGGGGGGAUCUCAGUAAUAUUUACAAAUGGUGGGUGUCAGGAGGUUGGGGCAUCACUUUUUUCUAUUGUAUCCAGUGACAGGACAAGGGGUAAUGGGAUGAAGCUGGAACACAAAAAGUUCCACUUCAGAAAAAACUAUUUCACUGUCGCUCAGCGUCUCAUCUACAUGGCUUUUAAAUACCUCAUGGGAUGGUGACUACACCACUUCCUUGGGCAGCCUGUUCCAAUGCUUAAACCUUCUGGUGAACAAAUGUUUUCAGAUGUUCAGUCUAAACCUCCCCUGGUGCAAUCUGAGGCCAUUUCCUCUGUGUUCUGUUGCUUGUUGCUUAGGAGAAGAGACCAUCCCCCUCUUCGCUUCAAGCUCUUUACAGGGAGUUGUAGAGAGCAGAAAAGCCUCUCCUCACCUCCUUUUCUCUAAACUCCAGCUCCCUCAGCCACUUCCCAUCAGACUUGUGCUCCAGACCCUUCACCAGCUGUGUUGCCCUUCUACCCUGCCUUCAUAGAGAAGGGGAAUACUGCUGUUUGCCACUAGCCCUACCUUUGUCAAUCAGAAGGCAAAAAUGCAGUAUAGAAGCAAUCAUAAUGUAGACAGAACAAAACUAACUUUUAAUUUAGCAAUAUCUAGUAGUGAAAAAAACUGUACAAGACUUAGCUCUCUGAGUAAAUCCUCAGAAUUCCUUUUAGACUAGUCUUUGCAACUACUAUCUUCAAUGUGCCAAUUUCUGAUUAAAUACAGUUUGAAUGUCUUCUUGGCUUGCACUUGUACCUUUUUAUUCUAUUGUAGAUCUGUUGUAGCUGCAUGCAUUUGGGUGUGUGAUUCCAGUUUGGAAAAAAAGAAUCUCACUAGGAUUAAGGAGUCAGAAGUUUUUGUUCAGAAAUACUGUUCUUCUUCUAGUUGUCAGCCUGAGAAACUGAGUUCUUUCCUUCUUGCACACCGUGACCAGCAAUUAUAAAUCUGCAAUCAAAACUGCUUCUUCAGUUACAUCCUAGGUAGUCCUUCCUGCAAUCCUGUUACUCAGCCUAGAUGAUGUAAAAGUACCUGAUUUAUUGAGUUGUAAAGAAAAGUAAUUGUAAGUCUUUUAGCAAAAAAUGGUUUUAACUCUUAAAAAAACUCUU